AUGGGGCCGUGCCGGUGGCCGCUGCUCUGCUGCUUCCACGCGGUGCUGGCGCAGAUCGCCGCGCUCACGGCGGGGCAGCGCCCGCAGGAGAGACCCCCGCGGCCGGCGGGAUGGGCCCCGGCCCCCUCAUCCUCCUGGGCGCCCACCCUGGAGCCGGGAGCGGCGGGGGGCAGCGAGGGCUCGGCGGCAGCGCUGGCGUUCCUGCGCACGGGCGAUGCCGAGCGCCUGGCCCGGGCCAACUGCAGCGGGGCCGUGGCGACCGGAGCCCCCGGGGCCGGGCCCCCCCCGGCGCUGCGGGCAGCCCUGCGAGCCGCCCCCGAGGCGCUGGCCCACGCCGCCAACUUCCUCAACAUGCUCUUCCAGACCAACGACAUCCGCGAGGCCAGCGUGGCCGAGGACGUGGAGUGGUACCAGGCGCUGGUCCGCAGCCUGGCCGAGGGGCACCCGUGGGUGCGCAGGGCGGUGCUGGCCCUCGACGCCCACCCGCUGGCCCCCAAGCCCCGGCUGAUGCUGCAGGCCACCAAGGGGGACGGUCAGAUCCUGCUGCAAGACGUUUCCAACUCCGCUCCCAGCCUGGGCAACCUCAGCUGGGACAACGAGUGGUUCAACGCGCUCAAGUCGCAGCGGGCGCCGGCGCUGCGCAAGCGGGUGCUCAGCAAUGACCUGCGCAGCCUGGAGACCCCCAAGUGGCAGCGGGGGGACAGCUACGUGGGGGACCCGGGCCACGUGCGCUGGUCCCCGCCGUUCCUGGAGUGCCGCGAGGGCCGGUUCCUGCCCGCCUGGGCGGUCACGCUCUCCUCCGCCUUCUACGGGCUCAAGCCGGACCUCAGCCCCGAGUUCAAGGGGGUCGUGCGGGUGGACGUGGAGCUGCGGGAUGUGGCCAUCGACCAGUGCUCCAGCGGGCCGGGCUGGUUCUCGGACACGCAUCGCUGUGACCUCAACAGCAGCCAGUGUGUCCCCCAGGAGAGCCGCGGCUUCGUCCUCGGGAGGUACCUGUGCAGGUGCAAGUCGGGUUUUUAUGGGGCCGGCGGAAUGUUCUGAUCCCACCCACCCAUCACUCUGUCCCCAGGUGUGGCGGGGACAGACGGGGGGUCCCGCCUGGGGUGCCGGCCGUGCCGCCCGGGCUGUGCCACCUGUGAGGACGACACUCCCUGCCUGAUCCAGGAGGACCAGGUGCUGCGGGCAGCGGUGCUGUCGUGCCAGGCCUGCUGCAUGCUGGCCAUCUUCCUCAGCAUGCUCGUGUCCUACCACUUCCGACGGAGCAAGAGGAUCCGGACGUCUGGAAUCAUCCUGCUGGAGACCAUCCUCUUCGGGUCCCUCCUCCUCUACUUCCCCGUGUUCAUCAUGUACUUCAAGCCGAGCAUCUUCCGCUGCAUCAUCCUGCGCUGGGUGAGGAUGCUCGGCUUCGCCAUCGUCUACGGCACCAUCACCCUCAAGCUCUACAGGGUGCUGAAGGUGUUCCUGUCCCGCACGGCCCAGCACGCUCCCUACGUGUCGAGCGGGCGGGUGCUGCGGAUGCUGGCGCCCAUCCUGCUCCUGGUGCUGUGGUUCCUGGCCGCCUGGACCAUCGGCAUGCUGGAGAACGCCCGCAAGAACAUCCCGCUGGUCAUCCGUGCCCAGACCACCCGCGGCCUCCACUUCUCCAUCUGCGGCCACGACUGCUGGGAUUACAUGAUGGUCAUCGCCGAGAUGCUGCUGCUGCUGUGGGGCAGCUUCCUGUGCUACGCCACGCGCGCCGUGCCCUCGGCCUUCCACGAGCCCCGCUACCUGGGCAUCGCCCUCCACAACGAGCUCAUGGUCUCCGCCGCCUUCCACGCCGUCAGGUUCCUGAUUGUCCCCUCACUGCACCCGGACUGGACUCUGCUGCUCUUCUUCGCUCACACCCACGGCACCAUCACCAUGACCCUGGCCCUGCUCUUCAUUCCCAAGUUCCUGCACACGGGCUCGCCGCUGCGGGAGGAGAUCACGGCCGAGGUGUACGAGGACGAGCUGGACAUGCGGCGCUCGGGCUCCUGCAUGAACAGCAGCAUCGCGUCCGCCUGGAGCGAGCACAGUCUCGACCCCGAUGACAUUCGGGAGGAGCUGAAGAAGCUUUACCGGCAGCUGGAGGUGCACAAGACGUGGCGGAUGGCGACCAACAACCCGCACCUGGCCAAGAAACGCAGCUCCCGCCGCAGCCUGGUCCGCUCCAUCCUGCGCCGGAGCGGGGCCGAGCUGGCCGAGAGCCGCAGCAGCACCGGGGACCGCCCGGGGACCCUGUCCCGCCGCAGCAGCACCGGGGACCGCCCGGCGACCCUGUCCCGCCGCAGCAGCACCGGGGACCGCCCGGGGACCCUGUCCCGCCGCAGCUCCUCGGCCAAGCGGCUCGUGGAUGCCGGCGGGACCGGCCUGAGGAUGCGGGACGAAAGCUCCCGGCGCCGCUCCUCAGCCCUGCGCAAAUCCCGCAGCUCCGAGGGGCCCCCGCGGCCGCCCCGCCGAGGGUCGCGCACCCCCAGCCCGCCCCAGGAGCCUCCGGCGGCGGCGGUGCCGGACUCGGAGCAAUCGGACAGCGACUCGCUGGACGCCGCCCCGCUCCUGUGCAAAUCGGCCAGCGCCCAAAACCUGGCGGGGCACUGGCAGCCACCCCCGGGCCGCGCUCCGCCCUUGCAGAAGUCGCACAGCGUUGUCGCCGGGGCUCGGGAAGUGGCGCUGCUGGCCGCCCGCAGGGCCGCCCGUGAGCAGUGGCCCGGCAGCCGCCACCUCUCGGAGCCGGCCCCGGGGGUCCCCGGCGGCACCGCGACCCCGCAGAGCCCCGCCGAGAGGGGCUCGCAGGAGGACGCGGCCCCGCUGGGCGAUGCCAGGGGACACAAACGUGUCACCUACGCCCCCAUCAAAAGCGUCAGCGUUGACGGCGCCCACCCGCCCAGGAGGGUGAGGGUGACGGUGAAGAAAACCCCCCCUCCGCCCCCCGUCCGCUACCAGAGCCUGCAGCGCUCGGGGACGCUCGGGGACGGUCCGCAGCCACCCCCGGGCCCCCCGGCACAGGCGGGAGGGACGCAGGGGACAGCUGGGGACGAUCCGGAGCGCGCGGCCCCCCCAGGGGCAGGGAAGGGCAGGCUGCUGACCGCCACCUCGGCACACAUCUGUCCCUGGGAGCUGGUCCAGGACGAGAUCCUGAGCAGGAAACAAAAAGCGGCCGAGGCAGCAGAGUCCGGGACCCCCGGUGACACAGAGGCCACCACCCCCGGCCCCAAACCGCCUCCCCAGAAGAGUUUCCGGAGCCUGGGACUCGCCAUCAAAGCCCUCAACCGCUCCAGGGGGAAGAGCAUCCUGAAAGGGAAAAGCGAGGGGAGCCUCAGGAAGAGGGGGAGCAGCAGGAGGGAGAAGUCCGGCCUGGCAGAGGCCUCGGCCGCGUCCCUCGGGGGGGUCAGCCCAGAGCCCGCUGCCAAAAGCCCCGAGAGGAGCGGGCAGAGCCUCGAGGUCCCCGCCCUCCAGCACAACAACAACGCCGCCAGCCCCGGGGAAGCCGCGGACUGGGGGGACAGCGGGACAGGAGGACAACGGGACAGCCUGGCCCCGGGGACAGGCCAUGGGGACAAAGCAGCAGAGGAGCCCAGCGCUGCCCGAGGGGACGCGGGUCCUGCUGGGGGUCUGGAGCCACCCAGCCCUGGCCAGCAAGGAGCUGGAUGUCCCCCGGAGGUGACACGGGUACAGCCCCAGGAAGGGGACGAGGCUCCCGCAGCGGAUCUGGGGCAGGACGGUCCUGGGCUCACAGCGGAGGAAGGGACACUUCAACAGCUCCAGGGGACCAGCAGAUCCGUCCAGCCCCGGGACCACUCGGAGGAGGAGCAGCCGCCUGCGGAGCCCACCCCGAGCAGAGCCCGGCUCUCCCCCGGCAGCGUGCGGGGCGCGGCGGGGACCAAGCCGCGGGCUGAGGUUUGUCCGCCCGGAGAGCUCGGAAUCCCGGCAGGAAGGGGAGCCCUGCUGCGCCAGGAGGCGAUCGCUCCCCGGGAGGACGGGGGGGGCCCAGAGAGCCCGGACAAGGCGCUGGAAAAGGGGAGCAGCCAGCCCGAGACUGGAAGGAGCUGGAGCGGGGCAGGGAGCGCGCAGGGAGAGCUCAGUCCUGGGGGAACGCGGGGAGAUUCCAGCUCCAAAGCAGGAAUCUGCCCGGGGAAGGGCAGUGAGGGGGAUUCACAGCGCUCUCCGGGCAUGGAAAAACCACCCGAAGUGCCGAAAGCCGCCCCGGAGCAAGCGGAGGGCAGCAGGGCUGAGGUGUGCCCGUGGGAGAGCCGGGAGCAGGGAAGGAGUGUCCGAGCAGAAAUCUGCCCCUGGGACACAGAGGGGGCUCCGCAGGAGCAGGAGGGGCAGGAAUCCCCCAAAAAAGGUGUGGAACAGCCUGGGAUGGGGCUCGCAGGAAAACCCCCAGCUCUAGCCAAACCCUCAUCCCAGCGGGCUGGAACCACGGAGAGCAAAAAGGCGAACGUCUGUCCCUGGGAGGUGGAGGAUGAGCCGAGCCCAAAAACCGAGAUCUGCCCGUGGGAACAGGCAGCAGCUCCGUCGGGGAAAGAGAGGUUGAGGCAGGACACGAGGGACAUUUCCAAGGGGGAGGAAAAAGUGGGAUCCAGAGCUCCAGAAAAAGGAAAGCAGCCCCCAGCCAAAUCCCUGCCUAAAUCUCCUUCAGGGAAAUCCCAGAGCUCGGAGAAGGCAGAGAUCUGUCCCUGGGAGUCUCAGGAAUUUAAAUCCAGUGUUAAAGCCGAGAUCUGUCCCUGGGAAGUGGCUGAACCUCAGCUGGAGAAGGGAACAGCUCCAGGAAAGGAGAAACUCCCAGGAAAACAAGCCUCCAAAGCUCUGGAGAAGGGGAGCAGGGAGAGGGAAUCGAUCUGUCCAUGGGAGUCUCAGGACUCUAAAUCCAGUGACAAAGCCGAGAUCUGUCCCUGGGAAGUGGCUGAGCCUCAGCUGGAGAAGAUAAAAGCUCCAGGAAAGGAGAAACUCCCCCCAAAACAAGCCUCCAAAGCUCUGGAGAAGGGGAGCAGGGAGAGGGAAUCGAUCUGUCCAUGGGAGUCUCAGGACUCUAAAUCCAGUGACAAAGCCGAGAUCUGUCCCUGGGAAGUGGCUGAACCUCAGCUGGAGAAGGGAACAGCUCCAGGAAAGGAGAAACUCCCACCAAAACAAGCAACCAAAGCUCUGGAGAAGGGGAGCAGGGAGAGGGAAUCGAUCUGUCCAUGGGAGAGCCCGGACACGGAGCAGCCUCCGGCCAAAUCCAGCACCAGAAGCUCAGCAGUGCCCAAAGCUCCAGGGAAAUCCCAGAGCUCAGAGAAGGCAGAGAUCUGUCCCUGGGAGACUCAGGACUCUAAAUCCAGUGACAAAGCCGAGAUCUGUCCUUGGGAAGUGUCAGAGCCUCCCUCCCAGCAGCCAAAGCAGGUCCCUGCUGGGGGCUCCAAGGGGGACAAGCGCAUCACGCGCCAGGCAGCGCUGGCCAGCCCGGAGAGAUCCCUGCACAGCAGAGACCGAGUGUCCAUCUGUCCUUGGGAGAGCCCGGACAUGGAGCAGCCUCCUGCCAAACACCACAUCAGGAGCUCAGCAUUGCCCAAAGCUCCUUCAGGGAAAUCCCAGAGCUCAGAGAAGGCAGAGAUCUGUCCCUGGGAGACUCAGGGCUCUAAAUCCAGUGACAUAGCCGAGAUCUGUCCUUGGGAAGAGGCUGAACCUCAGCUGGAGAAGAUAAAAGCUCCAGGAAAGGAGAAAGUCCCCCCAAAACAAGCCUCCAAAGCUCUGGAGAAGGGGAGCAGGGAGAGGGAAUCGAUCUGUCCAUGGGAGUCUCAGGACUCUAAAUCCAGUGACAUAGCCGAGAUCUGUCCUUGGGAAGUGGCUGAACCUCAGCUGGAGAAGGGAACAGCUCCAGGAAAGGAGAAACUCCCCCCAAAACAAGCCACAAAUGCUCUGGAGAAGGGGAGCAGAGACCGAGUGUCCGUCUGUCCUUGGGAGAGUCAGGACAUGGAGCAGCCUCUGGCCAAACCCCGCACUGGGAGCUCAGCACUGCCCAAAGCACCUUUGGGGAAACCCCAGAGCUCGGAGAAGGCAGAGAUCUGUCCCUGGGAGGUUGAAUCCAGUGACAAAGCCGAGAUCUGUCCCUGGGAAGUGGCUGAACCUCAGCUGGAGAAGGGAACAGCUCCAGGAAAGGAGAAAGUCCCAGGAAAACAAGCAACCAAAGCUCUGGAGAAGGGGAGCAGAGAGAGGGAAUCGAUCUGUCCAUGGGAGAGCCUGGACAUGGAGGAGCUCUCCCUGAAAACUGCAGUGGGGAAGGAGCCAUCCAAGAAAUCCGACAGCAUGGAGAGCAGGAAAUCUGAAAUCUGUCCCUGGGAAGCGGCAGAGCCCAUGGGAUCAGAGGAGGAAAUCUCCCAGCCACAGGGAGCCCACAGAGAUUCCCCAGCAGGGAUGGGACAGCCAGGAGCCAGCGCCGUGUCUCCAACACUUCUGGAAAAUUCCAGGGGGAAAUCCCGCGGGGAAGCCGAGCACAGGCCCCUGUGCCGGCUCCUGCCCGGCGUGCAGCACCCAGGGGUGGGCAGCAGCUCCAGCCCCGGCACUGGCCUGGCCGAGCACCGAGAAAAUCUGAAAUUUGGGAAAUUUCAGUGGAAAUUUUUGGGGAACUGCAAUGGCAGCACCCACCUCAGCACAGAACUUUAUUUAAAGUCUUAA